AGCUGGCGCACCCUGACCCUCCCCUACCCCCGCCGGGCUGCGGGGCGGGCUCACAGGGGGUGUUUCCGGGCUGUCGCUGCGCCAGGCCAGCCGAGGUUUCACUUUUGGAUCUGGGGACCUUUGGGCUGUGUGCUCGCUCCGCAGCUCCGGGGCAGAGCCCUCCGAUCCCAGCCAGCAGAGCGGCCUGGCUUCAGCUUUGUGGGCGCGGGCACGCAACAGUCACGGUCACGCCCUGCGGGUGCAAGGCCUGACCCAGCUGCCCGCCUCAGGAGCAUGGCAUCGGCCUUUGCGAGGGUGGUCAAGAGCGUGGUCCGGGAGCUGGACCACAGUGGAGAGCUCACCCCUGUGGACAGCCUGCAGAGCUCCACCAGCUUCCAGCUCUACUGCCUUUUGGGCAGGAGGUCCUCGAGUUCACGGUUCUGGAGACACCGCUACACACGUGUCAACCUGUCCAUCAGGGACAUCCUGGAGCCCGACGCCCCGGAGCCAGCUGUGGAGCGUGGCAGCACCUUCCAUUUCCACGAUGCUAUGGAUGGGCAGCUGCAGGGCAGCGUGGAGCUGGCGGCCCCAGGACAGGGGAAGUUGUCAGGUGGGGCCGCGGUGUCGGGCAGCUCCAGCGCCUCGAUGAACGUGUGCAUGCUGCGAGUGGCCCCCAACACCUGGGAAGCCAUGCACCGAGAGAGGCGCUUGCGGCGGCCUGAGCACAAAAUCCUGCAACAGCUGCGGAAUCGUGGGGAUGACGUGUUCGUCGUGACCGAGGUGCUGCAGACACAGAAGGAGGUGGAAGUCACCCGGACCCAAAAGCAGGAGGGCUCAGGCCAGUUUGCAUUUCCGGGAGCCAUGUGCUUGCAGGGCAGAGGCGAGGGCCACCUGAGCCAGAAGAAGAUGGUCACCAUCCCCUCGGGCAGCAUCCUCGCAUUUCGGGUGGCCCAGCUGGUUAUUGGCUCUGACUGGGACAUCCUCUUCUUCCCGGACAAGAAGCAGACGACCUUCAGGCCACAGCAGGAAGGUGGCCAGCUGCCGUGGUCCUCCUGCCUCACCUCCAUAAGGUUGCUCUCUGUCCACUUCAAGUUCCUGUCGGACGGGCCCGUGGAGGACCGGUUGGCGACCACCGAAGACUUCCAGGGCCUGCAGGCAGAAGUGGGGGCCUGGGCCGUGGGCCUGGAGGGCUUGUCCAAGGAGCCUUGUGGGCAGCUGCUGGGGGCCCUCGGGCAGGUGCUGCGGGACGAGGCCGCCCUGCAAGCCCUGGAUGAGUCGCUGGAGCGCGGCCUGCGUGGAGGGCUUUUGGAGCCUCGGGAUGGUCCGGUGGGUGCUGUCCUCCAGUGCCUGGUGUUCUCCUCCAGAAGGCUGGAAGAGGAACUUGCCGGCCCCGUCUUCUACCUGCUGCAAGCUCUAGCUGUGCUGAGUGCAACCCAGCACGUGCUGCUGGCUGAGGUGCUGGAGAUGGGGGCCCUGUCGGGGGCGUUCAAACUGGUGGAGAGCCUUUUGGAGCAGAGCACCCCAUGGCAGGAGCGCAGGGCCGUGUCCCUGCCGCCCGAGCUCCUGGGGAGCAGCUGGGACUCAGAGGCACCCACCUGGGUCCUGCUGGAGGAGUGCGGCCUUGAGCCACAGGUGGGCGCCCCCCAGGUGUGCUGGAAACCGGAGGCCCAGGGCUGUGCGUAUGCGCUUUACGCCUGCCUGGCACUGCUAUUCAGGCUGAGCCGGCUCUGCUAGCCUGCAGCCCGCCCGCAGGGCAGCUCUCUAGUCGGGGCAGAGCUCAUGCCCACCCAGCUGCCUGGAGCCACACCCAGCCAUGUGGGCAGCUCACCACAAGGCCUGGGAGUUGAGGAAGGCCAAUAAAUGUGAUGAACA